AUGGUGAUGACCAGCGUCGUCGAGGGGGGCGCCGCGACGACCAGGGUUUCGGGGGUGACGACCAGCAGCGUCGGGGAGGGUGGUUCGACCGCGACGGCGCUGGCUUUGAUGGCGGUGAUCUCCUUCGUCGCGGUGGGGGCUAUGGCCGCGCUGGACGAGGAAUCCAUGCCGGCGGACGGCAGCGGCGGGGAUGGGCCGAUCAAGAGGAUGAGGCGCGACAGUAUAGGGUUUGGUGGGUCUGUAGAUGUUGCGUCGUUGUUGGAAUUUGUCGAUGCUGGUCAUGAAUUGAUUCCUGUUGUUGAUGCAUCAGCGUCUGAAUUGAUUCGAAGGUUUUUGUUGAUGCUAAAAGUUCUAUCUGCUUCCCUUGUUGCGUAUUCAGUCAAUCCAAAAUCCAAGUUACUAAGUCCUCCCACUUUGACGGGGUCAGGGAUCUCAUUAGUUUCAGUUGUUCAGGCAAGAAAUAAUGCUAGGAUUAUGAUACCCGGUUCUUUGAGCAUGUUUAGCAACCGCUAUUCUUUCUUUGAAGACAAACUGAAAAUCACAUUUGUGUUGAACAGACACGAGAAAAGUGGGAAUGAACAGCUUUUGACUGAACUUAGCAAAUGGAUUUCCAUGAAAGUGGUCACCUCAAGGAUAAACACAACAAUGGCGGACACAUCCAAGCAAGACAUAGGGAAGAGCACCGAGUCUUGGCCCCAAACCGCCUGGACCCUCUUAGAAUCUGUGCGGCGAGAUUCGCCCCUGGUCCAGUGCAUCACGAACUUCGUCUCCAUGGAUCUCGUCGCCAACGUCCUAGUCGCCGCCGGCGCGUCUCCGGCGAUGAUACACUCUAUUGCAGAAAUCCCCGAUUUCACCCCCAAGAUUCACGCUCUCUACAUCAACGUGGGAACACUCACUCCGGACUGGCUACCGGCCAUGAAGAUAGCCGCCCAGGUGGCGAACAACUGCCACAAGCCCUGGGUGCUCGACCCCGUGGCCGCUGGGGCCUCCCGUUUCCGACUGGAGGCUUGUUUGGAGUUGCUGAAAUUGAGGCCUACGGUUGUUAGGGGCAACGGGUCUGAGAUUAUGGCUCUGUUCAAAGCCUCUGUGGAUGAGAAUUCCAAGGGUGUGGACAGUAAACACGACUCGACUGACACUGUGGAAGCAGCAAAAUCCUUGGCUCGAACGAGCAGAAGCGUUGUGGCUGUGUCGGGAGCUGUGGAUAUAGUGACAGACGGUUGGCGAGUGGCCAGUGCCAAAAACGGUGUCCAAAUGCUGCAGAAGGUGACAGCUACAGGUUGUGCAGUCACGGCCCUAAUCGCAGCUUUUGUGGCAGUCGACCCAUUGAGGCCAUUAGAGGCUGCUGCCUCUGCCCUGUCUGUUUUCGGGCUUUCGGCAGAAGUGGGCUUGGGCCUGUGUGGAGGCCCAGCUUCUUUGCGUGUGCACUUGGUGGAUGCUCUUUAUGGGUUGGAUCAGGCAAGCGUGGAAGAGAGGGUGAGUGUGAGUAUUCACAACAGCUGAUGAUGAAUCUGUGUGCUUUAUGUUCCCUUCACUGGAAAAAAGAGCCUGUAAGGCCUUAUUUUGGUUUUUCGAAUAGGAUGGGAGAAAAGUUAACUUCCGUAAAUAAAUUGUGUGCGUGUUUUUGGAGUGUGAUUAGCAUUGUCGGGAUAAGAUGGACUUGUAAUCCUGUCUUUCGUUUGCUUGCAAUGAUAUAUAUAAGGAUACAAGUCUACAAUAUCAAAUUUUGCUUGCCUCCAUCCCAAAUCCCGACAAAUGUGCAUGCUUUCGUAGAAAAUGUAAUACUUUAAAACAUAUCAUAAAUAGAAGUAUAACAGUGUAUGACAUUUGAUAGUGUAAGUAAACGUGUUUGUUUAUAGAGUAUGAGACUGCAUUUUUGUGAAUUGUAGUUUGGCCCUUGUUGUUUUUGUUUUUCAAGUAUCAAAUACAUUG